GGGGACACUGUUGUCCUCUGCGAAUGCGAAAGGGGUCUGCGUUAAAUAGUGUUUCCAAAUGAUCGUGCUGUUUGAUGGGAAAUAGUGAACGGAAGAAUUUCAAGAUUGCAGUUCGGCGGACGAGACUGCGCUUGAAAAUUCCCGGGCAACGGAUAGUACAAAAUGAAGCCUUUAAUCGAGUUCGAGGAAUGUUUGCGAGACACGCCAAAGUUUCGCCAAUUUUCCAAUAGUCUCUGGGAGUUAUCUCUGUACUUUGCUGAUGAUUCAGAGAUAAUGGCCUUGCUAAACAAACUAAUCCAUGCUUUACAAGAAAUGAAUAAGUUCCAUACCAUUUUAUUAGAUCAAGCAUCUAGAACUGUAAUUAAAGAUCUUAACUCAUUUAUUAAAAGUGAUAUCAAGAGGGUAAAAGAAUCUCGUCAUUACUUCGAAAAAAUUUCUGCGGACUUGGAUAUAGCGUUGAACCGGAAUUCUCAAGUUCCAAAGUCUAGGCCUACAGAGUAUGAAGAAACUUCGAACAUUUUGUCGGCCACCAGAUCCUGUUUCCGGCACACCGCUUUGGAUUAUAUUCAUUCUCUAACGAUGAUACAGGCACGCAAACGACACGAAAUACUAGGCACCCUACUUAAUUACAUGAACGCGUGCAUCACUUAUUACCACCAAGGCACCGAUCUAGCGCAAGAUUUAGACCCAUUUUUGAAAGAUCUCGGCGAGAACUUAAUUAAAAUGAGAGCUGAUUCCGUGAAACUCGAGAAAGAAAUGGAAAACCGGCAUAUCUACGUUACGAACAGAGAUUUAAUACCUUCGCCGAUACCCGGCAAUCCAAAGAUGGAAGGGUACCUCUUCAAACGUACUAGUAACGCAUUUAAAACGUGGAAUAGACGGUGGUUUUGUUUAAGAGAUCACCAGCUGGUAUACAGAAAGAGGACCGGUGAUAAUGAUUACACUAUUAUGGAAGAAGAUCUUCGUCUCUGCACUGUGAAACCAGUGGUUGACUGUGAUAGAAGAAAUUGUUUUGAAGUAUUAAGUCCUACCAAGAGUCACAUAUUACAAGCCGAUAGCGAAGAAGCUUAUUUAGCAUGGGUAACUGCCAUGCAACAAGCAAUUGGUGCUGCUAUUCAACGAGGCAUGGGUGCUGGUACUAUAGUUAAUGUACGGGAAUCACAAUCACAGAAUGUUAGAGGAUUGAACAGACAACAGACAAAACCCAAGUCUAGAGUCUGGGAACAAAUCUUGAAGAUCGCUGGAAAUGACACUUGCUGCGAUUGUGGUGGUGCUAAUCCACGGUGGGCCAGUAUCAAUCUUGGAAUUACACUUUGCAUAGAGUGCUCUGGAGUGCACAGAAGUUUAGGUGUCCAUUACAGCAAAGUUCGUUCGUUGACAUUGGACGACUGGGAACCAGAGAUACUAAAAGUAAUGGCAGAGCUUGGAAACACUGUAGUGAACAAUGUUUACGAAGCUUUACCAAUCUCUCCUGAUAUUAUCAGGGCUACGCCGAAAUGCAAUGGCAAUAUACGCGAAGCUUGGAUAAGAGCGAAAUACGUAGAGCGCAAAUUCGUGAAGCCUUUAAGCAACAUGAUUUCAUCCGGGCAACACGCAAGUCGCGAUAAGAUGCAUUUUCGCAAAUGGAGUGUCCGCAAGUUGCGUCGCCGGCCACGAAGUUGCGAUAAAAUCGACAGCAGCAGUCGUAACAAAAUAACGACGUUAUCAUCUGUGAAGGAGGGUAAUCGUUUGACGAGUUCCGACGACAGCAAGCGUACAUCGAUCGAAAGUUUAAGUUCCGUGGAUAAGGCAAAAAAGAUUGAGAGAAAUUCUUUGAGCUCGGACGACAGCACGAAUACGGAUUUAAAGAACGACUCCACGUUGUAUGGGAAAAUUCUAGCACGGCCGCGUAACGACAUGAACGAAAGUAACUCGAAAACUGUCGAUAACGACACGCAGGCGAACGCCGAGAACGAACAUAACGAACGUCUUAUUCCUGAAAUUAAGGACGAUACGAUCGCCACGAGCAACUCCGAGAACAGCCUGUCGAUAAGAAGCGAAGUGUCCUUGAGCACAGAGGUUUCCGAUGUGAAAGACACGUUCGAUAAUAAAGACGCUGAGACGGAGAGACAGUGUAAAGUAGAAUCCGACGUAUUGAUGUUCGGAUGCGAUUUGCCAAAGCCAACGAUCGAUAAUAGCUUAGAGUUAAGUUCCGAUCAAGAUUCGACUGCUGGCGAGGACGAAGAAUUCACGGACGAGGAGGAUAUCGAGAAUCUACAUCCUGAGAUGCUGCUUUACAAAGCUGCCGCUGCACACAAUCUUCCUGUGAUGUGUGCAGCUUUGGCAGCCGGUGCUGAUAAAUUAUGGACGAAUGUCAACGAUAGAGGAAGGAACGCCCUGCAUCAGGCAAUUAUAAGUGGUUCCGUGAUGUCUUGUGAAUAUCUGAUUCUAAAUGGAGCACGAAUCAACAGCCAAGACGCUGAUGGGAAAACCCCAUUAUACUUGGCUACAGAAUUAGGACAUACCGCCCAAGUAUGUUUGUUACUGAAACAUCGAGCUGAUCAGCAUAUCAAGGAUGAAAGUGGUGUAAAGCCUUUGUCCAUAGCUGUGAAGGAAGCUAAUGCCGACAUUGUAACGUUAUUAAGACUUGGCCUUUUAAACGAAGAGAUGAAAGACUCGGAGAUCGGAAUUAGCGGUGAUGAAACUUUCAACGACGUCGUUCGCGAUUUUAGCCAGUUAGCUUGCUCCCAUCCAGAACGAUUGCAACGGAGAAAUGAAAAUAACAAUCCGUCGCAAUCGCCUGAAUGAGGUUUAAGAACCUGCAAAGUUUAUUUGCAAAGUUUAAAAAACCGGCUACAACAGAAGAAGGAGAAUGAUACGUCGAAAAUGUCUUUCAGUUUUCUGCAGGGUAAUAAAGUUGAUUAACGAGUAACGAGGUACGUGGUCUGAAGCUUUACAAUACGAACGAUAUUGAAAGAAAUAUAUCGUGGAAGUUGUAUCUCUUUACACUUUGAUCUCUGUGCGACAAAAGUUCAUUGGAACUUGUUAUCAUUUUGUAUUCUUGUUAAAGAAAACAAGGACGAAACGCAAAUCUAAAGAACUUUUACAUAUUUUACGAGAGAGAGAGAGAGAGAGA